AAGAAAAGGAAGGCAGAGGCUCGUGCAGAUGACAGUGAAGUGGCCAGUGGCAGUGAGGGCCCCAAGCAGAGUGCAGUGUCAAGACUGCUCACUGUGUGUGUGAGUGUGAGUGUGUGUGUGAGGGGCAGGUGGGGGGCCUCCACCUGCUGAAUGAACCCCGUCAGCGUUGGGGAGUACCAUGGGCUUCGGGUGGGCUCAGCCUUGCUCAGCAUUGUGGCGGGCUGCAUCAUCAUUGGGGUGUCGAGGGAGUGUGACGCUGAUGCUGUAGGAGGGAUCUUUCUGGGAGCGGGAGGCCUCGGCCUGCUCAUAUCUAUCUACCCCUUUAUAAAAGCCUGGCUCAACAUCAACCACAUUCUUCCAUCCUUUGGAAACUUCAGAGUGCACCCCACACCUGCCAAUCCUGCUCCUGAUCAACCUGUAGAGACACUGAGAAGAGAAGGGACUCAGAGUCAACUGAACUUGGAGCGUUGUAAGAGUCGAAUGGGAACCUUUGUGGACGGUGGACCGAUGGCUGAGACCAAUCCAGAUGAGGGGACAUCAGACAUGCCAGACGUCUUAUCUCUACGGAAACUUAAGCAACUACCUUCUGAUCAAGACCUGCCAUGAUGUCAUCACAUGACCUGACCACUGACAAAUGUUGCUCAACUUCCCUGCUAAAUCUUCUUCAUUAGGUUUCUUUCUCCUCGUCCUGUUUGUUGAGAUCACCUCAUGAUAUUGUGCUUCUGUGGUCUAAUAAACCUCUC